AUGAGUCUAGUGGAACCAUCUCCGGUCACUGCUGCCGCCGCGGGAGCUAGCAUCUCCCCCCAGAACCCCAUCGCCGCCGCCGCUGUCGACACAUUAGGUGGUGAUGCGACACCGCGCCCCUCGAGCCACAACGAGCCAGCAUCCGAUGCCUCCAAAAAGGACGUGAAGAGCAAGGUGAAGGGACUCUUUGGAAUCGGCAAGAAGAAGGAGGACUCGAACGCCUCCAACAAGUCGUCAUCCGCCAAGCAUCCUGCCGCGACCGUCACCAGCAAUCCCUCCUUGUCAAGGGACCCCUCCAGAGCGUCUGCCAGGUCAACCACCGUGCACCCUUCGUCGCCAGGCCGUGGCAUCUCCAGCUCCCCGCGCCUGCCAUCACCAGCGGGCUCUCAGAUCUUCGAGCGCGACGUUGACAACAUGUCAAUCAAGCCGCAAUCGCCCGCCAUCCCGUCGCACAUCCAGACAGAGAACCACAUCCCGCCGGUCCUCGAUGCAUCCUCGGAAGCCAUCACGGACGACCACCUCGACCCGGACAGCGUCGAAAUCGUCACCCACGCUCAGCACCAGCCCGCCGCUGCCGCCGUCACGGGCGCCAACGGCGGCACCCCGCACGCCUCCGACUCAAUGGCCGCAUCCUGGACCGAAGAAUUGCGCGCAUUUGCCGACCGCGAUGACGCAUCGAACUACAACUCGCUCGAGAACGCCGACGUUCGCCGUCUCAGCUUCAUUUCCUUUGCUGAUGUCGUGCAAGCCGAGCAGGGCGGACAUGCAGGUGCUGCAGGCUCUCGGGAGUCGAUCCAUGUCGCGGGUCUGACCUCGCUGUCAUCAGUCAACGCCAGGUCGCCGUCUCCCAUCCGCUCGCCUGUCUCGUCGCAGCCGGCCACUUCCCCGCCAACGAGCAACCCCGGGUCUAUCAAGGGACUGGAAAUGUCCCCGACGCGCAAGCCCGUUGGAAGUCCCAUCUCGUCGCAUCACAACCUGAACAUGAGCGGCGACCUCAACAUUGAGACCAUGUCGCAGGUGCUCAGACACACGGGAAGCACGGAUCUGAGCGGGGUCCGGAGCUCGCCCACGAGCCCGAUUGAGGGGCCGUCACGUUAA